AUGCCUCCUCAGAAUAUCUUAAUCUUCGGCGCCACCGGCCAAAUUGGCUCGUUCAUCCUGACUGCUGUCCUCUCCGCGCGAUCUCAAUUCGGCCGGGUUGCCAUCUUUACUUCCCCACACACGGCUAAGACCAAAGCUGCGGACCUGGAAAUACUGAAGAAGCAGAAUGUCGAGGUAAUUGUUGGCGAUAUUACCGAUGAGAAUGCCAUCAACUCCGCCUAUGAAGGCAUUGAUACCGUCAUCUCAGCUCUCGGCCGUAAUGCUCUCGCUGAACAGAUUCCAUUGAUCCGCCUAGCUGCAGCCAGCCCCAGUGUGAAAUGGUUCCUGCCCUCAGAAUACGGUACUGACAUCGCCUACGGUCCAUCAUCUGCAAAGGAGAAGCCUCACCAGCAGAAGCUCAAGGUGCGAGCUGUGCUCGAGAAGGAGAUUUCGCGCGCAGAUUUGGAUUACUCAUAUGUCGUGACCGGACCGUUCGCAGAGAUGUACUUGCAUUUUGUGCCUGGUAUGGAGGAAGCCGGAGGAUGGGAUGUGAAGGCCCGGAAGGCUGUUUUGUUAGGAGCGACAGGCAAUGAGAGAGUCAGUUUGACGACGAUGAAGGACGUGGGAACCCUUGUCCUGGCUACUCUUCUCCAUGCCACCCCGGAGUCUCGGAACCGCCCUCUCUGUGUCAACUCUUUCACAACCACCCCGGCUGAGAUCCAGGCUGAAUUUGAACGCCAGACAACUGGAAAGCCUUGGGAUGAUGUCUCGCGUACAUCUGUGGAACGGCUACGUGAGUUGGAAACUGCGGCCUGGGAAGGUGGGAACCCAGCUGCAACAGUGUUCACGCUGCGCCGUAUCUGGACGGAGGGAGGCACAUUGUAUGACCAGCGUGCCAAUGGCCUGAUCGGAGAACCGAAAAUGACGACCCUACAGGAGGUGGUUGCGAAUGAGAUCAAACGUGUUGAUUCCCUGUAG